CCCGUCCCCCAAAACCAACGGCGGUGAUGCCCCGUCGCCUCGAUGGACCCCGCUCCCCGUCCUCCACUGACGCCGUCCCAUCACACGCCCCCACCCUACCCGCGCGAACGUCGGCGCACGCGUCCGCCCGGCGACUCCCAACCCUCCCUCGCACGCCCCUCACGUGCCACGCCUCGCCUCGCCAGCCGGCGCCCCCUCCUCGCCGCUCUCUCUCCCCCUCUCAACCCCACUCUUUUAUUGCUCCUCUCUUCCCCCUCCUCCCUUUCCGUCGCCAACACGCCAAGGGAGGGGGAGACGAAUUAGAGAGAGAAUAGGUUUGGAUCUGAGAUAGAUCUGAGUAUUUGGUGGUGAUGGAGGGUAGGGAGACGCCUCCGACGCGGCCGCCGAACCCGGCGCUGCCGUACCGGGAGGACUGCUGGAGCGAGGGGGAGACGUCGACGCUGGUGGACGCGUGGGGUGACCGCUACCUCGAGCUCAAACGCGGGAACCUCCGGCAGAAACACUGGCAGGAGGUCGCCGACGCGGUCAACUGCCGCCGGGGUGCCUUCGGCCGCCGCCCGCCCCGCACCGACGUCCAGUGCAAGAACCGCAUCGACACCCUCAAGAAGAAGUACAAGAUCGAGAAGGCCCGGGUCACCUCCGCCUUUGCCAGCCAGUGGCAGUUCUUCUCCCGCCUCGAUGCCCUCAUUGGAUCGGCCGCCGCUCCCCCGGCGAAGAAGCCCUCUCCAUCACCCCCGCUCGCCGUGCCGCUCCCCUACCAUCGCAAGGGCUCCACCUUGCCAUUUGCUGCCGCCGCAGCAGUCCGACCGGUGGACCCGAGGGAGAGGCGCGGUGCGGCAAUCUCCAUCUCCGUGGACGACUCGAUCUUCCAGCGGGCUGCCGCCGCCGCUGCAGCGGCAGGGGAUGACAACGACGAGGAGGAUGAUUUGGAGUCGCCGUCAGGUUCUUCGUCCAGGUCUGGAGGUGGAUUGCGAAUGGCUCGGGGGAAAGAGGGGGAUGGGAUCCGUGAGCUGGCGAAGGCGAUAGAGAGGUUUGCUGAGAUAUACGAGAGGGUCGAGGGGGCGAAGCAGCGGCAAAUGAUGGAGAUGGAGAAGAAGCGGAUGGAGUUCGCCAAGGAGCUGGAGUUCCAGCGGAUGCAGAUCUUUGUGGAUUCACAGGUCCAGCUUGCAAAGAUUAAGCGUGCCAAGCGAUCGGAUGCUGAUGGUUACAUGUAGGUCUUUGGAAGGAAGGGUUCACAGUUAUUCUGCUACUUGGAUGUGUGUUGAAUCCAUGGUGCUCCAUCUUCAUCCUCAACUUGGAGGAUGUGUUUGACAUCAUAACAUCGCCACCACUUGUUUGUUUGUAUGCACAAUUAUUGACGACUUUUAAUAUAUUUUCAUUAGGCAGCA